UGUUUUAUACAGCUCAGAAACACAUACGUUGAUCAAGAAUAUUUGAAAGAUGCUGUCAUCUGUUACUAUCAUAGUCUUCUGUUUCUGUGUUAUGUUCGUUGAAGGAACGACAGAUGAGAAACUGGAAGAGAUCGUCAACAGAUAUAAUCUUUCACGUGCUAAUGAUGGAUAUGGGGAAGAAAAUGUCGAUCGCAACUCGAACAUGAUGACUGGAAAAUUUAACAUUGACGGUGAAGAAAAAACCUUGGAGCUUAUGAAGAAUAAGUUACUCUUAUAUACUGGUGAAACUAAUUUUUACUGGUUGAAAACUGACAAACUUCAAGUCGUUUUGCAUUACGUGGAAGGGACUACUCCAAUAAAGGUAACCCAACUUCAUGAUGAUGGUAAACUGAGCGUACAGUAUUUAGGUAGUUUAUCUGAUAAAGUAUGUUCAGCUCUUAAUUGUCAAUUUGAAAUUAUUCAACCAGUCGGUGCAGUCAUGAAGAAAGAAUUGGUGGAUAUUACUGGUUGGGCUGUGUUGAACGCUAUAAACUCGCCUUAUCUUCCAAGUAAUAGUGGUCUAUCGUUUUCUCACGACUCAGAACUGAGAUGUCACCUUGUUUAACCAAAACAAAAAACAGACAAGGUUAGAAUAACAACUUGGUUAACUCCAUUUGUAGCCCUUGUUCAGAAAUCAACUUCAAGGGAGUUAACCUUGUUGUUAU